AUGUCAGACAAAUCAGUUGAUGACAAAAUUGUCAUUGAUCAUUCCUUUGAACAAACUUCAUUCCCCGAUAAUGAAAAGAAAAUAGAUGAUUAUGAAGAUACAUCAAGUAAGAUUAAUCAUGAAGGUGGUACUUUAAAACGUAAUUUCUCCACAUAUUCCAUCAUUUGUAUUGGUUUCGGAUUAACUAAUUCUUGGUUAGGUAUUUCUUCCUCCUUAGUUGCUGGUAUAAGUUCCGGUGGUCCAAUGUUAACCAUCUAUGGUAUUUUAAUCGUUGCCGCAAUUUCUUAUUGUGUUGCUGUCACUUUAGGUGAAAUGUCAUCGGCAAUCCCAUCUGCUGGUGGUCAAUAUGUUUGGACAAGAGUUUUGGCUCCAAAGAAAUAUUCUUCAUUUUUGGCUUAUAUUUGUGGAUCAAUGUCAUGGGCUGGUGCUAUUUUCACUUCUGCUUCUAUGUCGGUGGCUUUAGCUUACCAAGUUAUGGGAUUUUGGCAAUUGACUCAUCCUGAGCAUGUGGUUCAAAAAUGGGAAUUAUUUGUUUUGUAUGAAAUUAUUACCCUUGUUUUAUUUGUGUUUAAUACUUAUGGUAAGGCAUUACCAGCAUUAGGUAAUGGUACUUUAUAUAUUUCAUUAUUUUCCUAUACUGUCAUUUUAAUCACUGUUUUGGUUUGUUCUCGUGGUCGUUAUCAAUCUGCCGAAUUUGUUUUUGUUCAAUUUGAAAACAACACUGGGUGGAAAUCUUCUGGAAUUGCUUUUAUUGUUGGUUUAAUUAAUCCAGCUUGGUCAUUUUCUUGUUUAGAUAGUGUUACUCAUUUAUCUGAAGAAACUUCCAAACCAAGAACCGAUAUUCCAAAAGCAGUCUUAUCAACCGUCACUAUUGGUUUCGUUACUGCAUUCACUUAUUCCAUUGCCAUGUUCUACUGUAUUAACAAUUUAGAUGAUAUCAUUAAUUCAAACACCGGUAUGCCAAUCUUGGAUAUCUUUUAUCAAGCAUUAAGAAACAAACAUGGUGCAUUAGCAUUAGGUUCAUUAGUCUUUUUAACUGCUACUGGUUGUACUAUUGCUUGUCACACUUGGCAAACCAGAAUUUGUUGGAGUUUUGCUAGAGAUAAUGGAUUACCAUUAUCUAAAUACUUGGCAAUUGUUGAUCCAAAUUUAGGUAUUCCAUUAAAUGCCCAUAUUUUUUCCAUGUUAUUCGUGGCCCUUUGUGGAUUAAUUUUCUUAGCUACUGAUGCUGGGUUUAAUUCUAUGAUUGUCGGUACUAUUACUUUGAUUUUAGGUUCUUAUUUGGUAUUUUGUUUUUGUUUAUUAUAUCGUGGUAGAAAUAAUAUCAAACAUGGUCCAUUCUGGUGUGGGAAAUUUGGAUUAUUCUGUAAUAUUGUUACUAUUUGUUAUGGAUUCUUUGCCUUGAUUUUCUUUUCAUUCCCAAUGACUAUGCCAGUUACUGGAGAUACUAUGAAUUAUUUCGCCGUUGUUUUGGCUAUUUAUGUUAUUUGGGCUUUAGGUUAUUGGUGGUUCCCAAUUAAAAGUUGGGGAUGUAAACAUAAAUUCGCUGGUGGUAGACAAGGUGAAGAAAUUGAAUUCCCUGAUGUUUGUUUAACUGAUAUUUAG